GGGUCACCAUGUAGGGUUUGAGGAGAACACAGAAGACUGAGGCAUGGCUAAGGGAAAAAGGGAUGGUAUAGGAAUUCCAAGCUUGAGGAGCAGAGAUUGGGGCAUGUAGGGAUGUGGCUAAUUUGGGGAGCUCCCAAGGGCCCUGGAUCAAGAAAUCCUGUCCCUUUUUUUUUUUUUUUUUGGCACCUGCCAUGCUAACUCCAUGCAGGACAAAAGCCCAGAGAAGACUAACUAACCCCCGCUGUGGCCCUGAGCUCUGCAGUCUUGAAUUCAGUUACCUACCUGCAUGUUUGCCCAUGCAUCAAAUGCUUACCUUUGCGUCUAGCCACAUCUGACUAACAUCACUGCUCCUCCAUCCUCCAUCUCUCGUAAUGCCCACUGUGUGAUAGCUGCUAAUGCCAAACCCUAGACGUCAUCUUGAUACUUUCUCUCAUCUCCGACAUCCAAGCUUCCAGCAACUUUUCCUGGCUGUCUUCAAAAGAGACUGAGUAUCCAGCCACUUCCUACCAGCUCCUCUGCCACUAUCCAGGCUGACAGCAGCAGCAGCAACUUGCCGGAACUAUCGCAGUAGACUUCUCACUAGUACCGCUAGCUCCCUGCAACCUUUCCUCUCGUGGCAUCCAGCUGAAUCUUUUGAGCUCAUGCCCAAGUCACUGGAAUAAAAUAAUGAGAAGAGAAUCUAAGACGAGCCCCAGCAGAAUCAGCAGAGACUGUGGCCUGUGCAGAAUGCAUGGGCUACUGGAAAGCUGAGGCCCCACAAACCGACUCCCCAUAGCCCCACAUUCACAACAAGGUUGUGUGGUGUAUGCUGGACAUGUACAUGUGGGGGCUAUAUACAUAUAUCUAUGUUUUAUACACAUACACAUAUCAGGGUAGAGUGUAUGUGUGUAAUGGCUUGGGGUAUAGUUAUGGGGCCCUUUGUGACAUACCCUGGUCAACACCUACUCAGAUCAGAGGUUACCUGUAUGGUUCAAGUGGAUGAAUAUCUUACACCGUCCCUGGAACGCACGUGACUCCAUUCCACUGUUGUCCCUGCAGCCUGCCUCUGAAAAGAACCCAAUGCCCAACCCCAGGCCAGCCAAGCCCGUGGCCCCUUCCUUGGCCCUUGGUCCAUCCCCAGGAGUCUUGCCAAGCUGGAAGACUGCACCCAAGGGCUCAGAACUCCUAGGGACCAGGGGUCCUGGGGGAACUUUCCAAGGCCGGGACCUGAGAGGUGGGGCCCACACUUCUUCCUUGAACCCUCUGCCACCAUCACAGCUGCAGCUGCCUACAGUACCCCUCGUCAUGGUGGCACCCUCUGGGGCCCGACUGGGCCCCUCACCCCACUUGCAGGCACUUCUCCAAGACAGACCACACUUCAUGCAUCAGCUCUCCACUGUAGAUGCGCAUGCUCAGACCCCUGUACUACAAGUGCGCCCACUGGACAACCCAGCCAUGAUCAGCCUCCCACCACCUUCUGCUGCCACUGGAGUUUUUUCCCUCAAGGCCCGGCCUGGCCUGCCACCUGGGAUCAAUGUAGCCAGUCUGGAAUGGGUGUCCAGGGAGCCAGCUCUACUCUGCACCUUCCCACGCUCGGGUACACCCAGGAAAGAUAACAACCUCUUGGCUGCACCGCAAGGAUCCUAUCCACUGCUGGCCAACGGAGUCUGCAAGUGGCCUGGUUGUGAGAAGGUCUUUGAGGAGCCAGAAGAGUUUCUCAAGCACUGCCAAGCAGAUCACCUCCUGGAUGAGAAGGGCAAGGCGCAGUGCCUCCUCCAGAGGGAAGUGGUGCAGUCCCUGGAGCAGCAGCUGGAGCUGGAAAAGGAGAAGCUGGGUGCUAUGCAGGCCCACCUGGCUGGGAAGAUGGCACUGUCAAAGGCUCCAGCUAUGGCCUCAAUGGACAAGAGUUCUUGCUGCAUUGUAGCCACCAGCGCGCAGGGCAGCGUUCUCCCAGCCUGGUCCGGACCCCGGGAGGCUUCCGACAGCCUGUUUGCAGUGCGGAGGCACCUCUGGGGAAGCCAUGGAAAUGGCACCUUUCCAGAGUUCUUCCACAACAUGGACUAUUUCAAGUUCCAUAACAUGAGGCCCCCUUUCACCUACGCCACCCUCAUCCGAUGGGCCAUCCUGGAAGCUCCAGAGAAGCAGAGAACACUCAAUGAAAUCUACCACUGGUUCACACGCAUGUUUGCCUACUUCCGAAACCACCCGGCCACCUGGAAGAACGCCAUCCGCCACAACCUGAGCUUGCACAAGUGCUUUGUGCGCGUGGAAAGCGAGAAGGGAGCGGUGUGGACCGUAGAUGAGUUUGAGUUUCGCAAGAAGAGGAGCCAACGCCCCAGCAAGUGCUCCAAUCCUUGUCCUUGACCUCAAAACCAAGAAAAGAAAGAUGGACAGGGGCCAAAACAUAAACCGGAGGCUGUGGAGGCAAGGAGGCAAGUCCUGGACAUAUCUACAGAGACCAGGCAAUGAUGUUUCCGCCAUCUUGCCUGCCAAGGCCUCUGCUCCCUAUCUAGCUACCCUCCUGGAUUAUAUCUUCCGCCUUAAGGCUGAGGGAUACCAAUCCCAGCCCGGCCCCUACCCCGACCUAGCCCCAAGACAGGCUUUCCAGCCAAAAAGCCCUCAGACCCAGCUAUACAUACAGCCUGCCUUGGCCACUCCCAAGUGGAAAAAUGACACAGACAUGGUCAUAAGACUGUCUCCUGGACUCAACCCAAACCCUAAAACACAAAGAGCCUGCCUUGGUACAUUCGCCUGCCCUCAAAGUUGCAUAGUCCUGCAGUCUCACGUGACUGCAGCCCUACUGACUCAUACAGCCACAUCGGGAACCAUGGGCACUAACUGUCACACAUAGGUACAUAUGAAGACCCUUGCACAACAGCAGCACCGGAACCUUCAGGAUUGUAUCCCAGAAAACCACACAGGCAUAACUAGUAAUACACAGUCUUAUGCCAUGCCCCAACAUAUCAAGUCACAGCUUGUCAGAACUCACACAU